AUGAGGCUACUUUUGUCAAUUUUGGUUAUUGGUCUUUUGGGUUUAAAGGUUUCUGCGCUUUUGGGAAUUGGAAGAACACAAUCAGUUGCUGUUUCUGGAAGAUUAAUUUGUAAUGGACAACCAGCUGCAAAUGUUAAACUGAAGUUAUAUGAAAAAGAAACAAGUAAGUCAAUAUUAUGGAUAACAUUCUAGAAAAAACACAUUCUAUAAUUUCAGCAUUUGAUGUGAAAAUGGCUGAAGGAAAAACAGACAGUAAUGGGCAAUUCAGAUUAUCUGGAAAGAAGACUGAAAUAACAACUAUUGAUCCAAAAUUGAAUAUUUAUCACAAAUGCAAUUAUAAUGGACUUUGUUAUAAGAAAAUUGGAAUCACUAUUCCUGACAACUAUGUUUCAUCUGGAGCAAAUCCACAAAAAACCUAUGAUAUUGGAACAUUAAAUUUGGCCAACCAAUAUACUGGACAAACAACUGAUUGUAUAAAUUGA